AUGGUUGCCGAUAGCAUAAUCUACCACCCUACUUUUGCCAAGUCUAUUCGUUUUCUUGACUCCACUCCCAAGCGGGAAAAGUGCUUCAGACUUGUAGCUUACUUGUCCCGGUUCUUGUCUUACUACCUUCAAAGACAAGGUUUUUCAGGUGAUAUCGUUAAAAUAUUUAAAGAUUUGAAAGGUCAUGUCACAUUUAUAAGAAAGGGAUUGAGAUUCUUGAAACCUUUGAACCACUUGCAAACUGCUGCUGAGACGUUUGACAACAAGUUGAUGGACCCUAUUUUACAGAACACCACGGUUAUUCGUAAUUUAUGUUACGCCGGUUACCUUUCGUUGGAUUCCAUCACCUGGUUCAAGAUGAUGGGACUCAUUGAUCCCAAGAAAAUGACAAAGGUUCCUACCUAUGCGUCUAGAUUCUGGCUCUUUGGCUUGAUUGCUGGUGUGAUCAAUUCGUUGAGAACCUACAAAAUCAACAGUGCCAAGUUGGAGUCCGGUGAUGAAAAGGUCGAUGUUGAGGCCGUCAAUGCCAAGCUCUAUAAGGCCAAGAGAAAGUUGGUGUGGGACUUGUUGGACAUGUUCAUCGCAUUGAACACCUUGAACUACUUGCACUUCACCGAGGGUGACGUUGGUUUGGCUGGUACUCUCACAUCGAUAAUGGGCUUGAGAGACAUGUGGGCUGCCACAAAGUGA